CAGUGUCGAGAUGGCUAUGAGCCCUGUGUUAAUGAAGGUAUUUGUGUUAUUUAUCACAAUGGCACUGGCUACUGCAAAUGUCCAGAGGGCUUCCUUGGAGAAUAUUGUCAGCAUCGAAACCCCUGUGAGAAGAACCGCUGCCAGAAUAGUGGCACCUGCGUGGCCCAGGCCAUGUUGGGGAAAGCUACCUGCCGAUGUGCUCCAGGGUUCACGGGCGAGGACUGCCAGUAUUCCACCUCUCACCCCUGCUUUGUGUCUCGCCCCUGCUUGAAUGGAGGCACCUGCCAUAUGCUCAGCCGGGAUACCUAUGAGUGCACCUGCCAAGUUGGUUUUACAGGAAAGCUGUGCCAGUGGACUGAUGCCUGCCUGUCUCAUCCAUGUGCAAAUGGAAGUACCUGUACCACUGUAGCCAACCAGUUCUCCUGCAAAUGUCUCACAGGCUUCACAGGGCAAAAGUGUGAAACUGAUGUCAAUGAGUGUGAAAUACCAGGACGCUGCCAGCAUGGUGGCACCUGCCUCAACCUACCUGGUUCCUACCAGUGUCAGUGCCCCCAAGGCUUCACAGGCCAACAUUGUGACAGCCCCUAUGUGCCCUGUGCACCCUCCCCCUGUGUCAAUGGAGGCACCUGCCGGCAGACUGGUGACUUCACUUUUGAGUGCAACUGCCUUCCAGGUUUUGAAGGCAGCACCUGUGAACGGAAUAUUGAUGACUGUCCUAACCACAAGUGUCAGAAUGGAGGGGUUUGUGUGGAUGGGGUCAAUACAUACAACUGCCGCUGCCCCCCUCAGUGGACAGGACAGUUCUGCACAGAGGAUGUGGAUGAGUGCCUGCUGCAACCCAAUGCCUGUCAGAAUGGAGGCACCUGCACCAACCGCAAUGGGGGGUAUGGCUGUGUGUGUGUGAAUGGUUGGAGUGGAGAUGACUGUAGCGAGAACAUCGACGAUUGUGCCUUCGCCUCCUGCACUCCAGGCUCCACCUGCAUUGACCGUGUGGCCUCCUUUGCUUGCAUGUGCCCAGAGGGAAAGGCAGGUCUCUUAUGUCAUCUGGAUGAUGCCUGCAUCAGCAAUCCUUGCCACAAGGGGGCGUUGUGUGACACCAACCCCCUGAAUGGGCAGUACAUCUGCACCUGCCCACAGGGCUACAAAGGGGCGGACUGCACAGAAGAUGUGGAUGAGUGUGCCAUGGCCAACAGCAAUCCUUGUGAGCAUGCCGGCAGGUGUGUGAACACAGAUGGCAGCUUCCACUGCGAGUGUCUCAAGGGCUAUGGGGGACCUCGAUGUGAGAUGGACAUCAAUGAGUGUCAUUCAGACCCCUGCCAGAAUGAUGCCACCUGCCUGGAUAAGAUUGGAGGCUUCACCUGCCUGUGCAUGCCAGGCUUCAAAGGUGUGCAUUGUGAACUAGAGAUCAACGAAUGUCAGAGCAACCCUUGUGUGAACAAUGGGCAGUGUGUGGACAAAGUCAACCGCUUCCAGUGUCUCUGUCCCCCUGGUUUCACGGGCCCGGUAUGCCAGAUUGACAUUGAUGACUGUUCCAGUACUCCGUGUCUGAAUGGGGCCAAGUGUAUUGAUCACCCAAAUGGUUACGAAUGCCAGUGUGCUACUGGUUUCACUGGUGUGUUAUGUGAGGAGAACAUCGACAACUGUGACCCUGAUCCUUGCCACCAUGGCCAGUGCCAGGAUGGGAUUGAUUCGUACACUUGCAUCUGCAACCCCGGGUACAUGGGUGCCAUCUGCAGUGACCAAAUUGAUGAAUGUUAUAGCAGCCCUUGCUUGAACGAUGGGCGCUGCAUUGACCUAGUGAAUGGCUACCAGUGCAACUGCCAGCCGGGCACAUCAGGGAUUAAUUGUGAAAUCAAUUUUGAUGACUGUGCUAGCAACCCUUGUGUCCAUGGUGCUUGUAUGGAUGGCAUCAAUCGUUACAGUUGUGUCUGCUUGCCAGGAUUCACAGGGCAGAGAUGUAACAUCGACAUUGAUGAGUGUGCCUCCAAUCCUUGUCGCAAGGGUGCAACGUGUAUCAAUGAUGUGAAUGGUUUCCGCUGCAUCUGCCCCGAGGGGCCUCAUCACCCCAGCUGCUACUCUCAGGUGAAUGAGUGCCUGAGCAGUCCUUGCAUCCAUGGCAACUGUACUGGGGGCCUCAGUGGAUAUAAGUGCCUUUGUGAUGCAGGAUGGAUAGGCACCAACUGUGAAGUGGACAAAAAUGAAUGUCUUUCUAACCCAUGCCAAAAUGGAGGAACUUGUGACAAUCUGGUGAAUGGAUAUAAGUGCACUUGUAAGAAGGGCUUUAAAGGCCACAACUGCCAGGUGAAUAUUGAUGAAUGUGCCUCAAAUCCUUGUCUGAACCAGGGGACCUGCUUUGAUGAUGUUAGUGGCUAUACUUGCCACUGUGUGCUGCCCUACACAGGCAAAAAUUGUCAAACUGUGUUGGCUCCCUGUUCCCCAAACCCUUGUGAGAAUGCUGCUGUUUGUAAAGAGGCACCGAAUUUUGAGAGUUACACCUGCUUGUGUGCUCCUGGCUGGCAAGGUCAGAGGUGUACGAUUGACAUUGAUGAGUGUGUCUCCAAGCCCUGCAUGAACCAUGGUCUCUGUCAUAACACCCAGGGCAGCUACAUGUGUGAGUGUCCUCCAGGAUUCAGUGGUAUGGACUGUGAGGAAGACAUCGAUGACUGCCUUGCCAAUCCUUGCCAGAAUGGAGGUUCCUGUGUGGAUGGAGUGAACACUUUCUCCUGCCUCUGCCUUCCUGGAUUUACUGGGGAUAAGUGCCAGACAGACAUGAAUGAGUGUCUGAGUGAACCCUGUAAGAACGGAGGGACCUGCUCUGACUAUGUCAACAGUUACACCUGCAAGUGCCAGGCAGGAUUCGAUGGAGUCCACUGUGAGAACAACAUUGAUGAAUGCACUGAGAGUUCUUGCUUCAAUGGUGGCACAUGUGUUGAUGGAAUUAACUCCUUCUCCUGCUUGUGCCCUGUGGGCUUCACUGGUCCCUUCUGCCUCCAUGAGAUCAAUGAAUGCAACUCUCAUCCAUGCCUGAAUGAGGGAACGUGUAUUGAUGGUCUGGGUACCUACCGCUGCACCUGCCCCUUGGGCUACACUGGAAAAAACUGUCAGACCCUGGUGAACCUCUGCAGUCAUUCUCCAUGCAAAAACAAAGGUACUUGUGUUCAGGAAAAGGCAGAGUCCCGGUGCCUGUGUCCAUCUGGGUGGACUGGUGCUUACUGUGAUGUGCCCAAUGUCUCCUGUAAAUUGGCAGCCGCCCACAAAGCUGUGCCUGUUGAGCGCUUGUGCCAGCACUCAGGUAUCUGUAUUGACGCUGGCAACACGCAUCACUGCCAGUGCCCGCUGGGCUAUACUGGGAGCUACUGUGAGAAGCAGCUUGAUGAGUGUGCAUCCAAUCCCUGCCAGCAUGGCGCCACCUGCAUUGACUUCCUUGGAGGAUACAGAUGUGAGUGUAUUCCAGGAUAUCAGGGUGUCAACUGUGAGUAUGAAGUGGAUGAGUGCCAGAAUCAGCCAUGCCAGAAUGGAGGCACCUGCAUCGACCUUGUGAACCAUUUCAAGUGCUCGUGUCCACCAGGCACUCGGGGCCUACUUUGUGAAGAGAAUAUUGAUGACUGUGUUGGAGGCCCCCAUUGCCUUAAUGGUGGUCAGUGUGUGGACAGGAUUGGGGGCUACAGUUGUCGUUGUUUGCCUGGCUUUGCUGGGGAGCGGUGUGAGGGGGACAUCAAUGAGUGUCUCUCCAACCCCUGCAACUCUGAGGGCAGCCUGGACUGCAUACAGCUUACCAAUGACUAUCUGUGUGUCUGCCGCAAUGCCUUCACUGGCCGUCACUGUGAAACCUUCAUGGAUGUGUGUCCCCAGAUGCCUUGCCUGAAUGGAGGGACUUGUGCUGUGGCCAGCAAUGUACCUGAUGGCUUCAUUUGUCGCUGUCCUCCAGGCUUCUCCGGGGCAAGAUGCCAGAGCAGCUGUGGACAGGUGAAGUGUAGAAAAGGGGAGCAAUGUGUGCAUACCGCCUCAGGACCCCGCUGCUUCUGCCCCAAUCCCCAGGACUGUGAAUCGGGCUGUGCCAGCAGCCCCUGCCAGCAUGGGGGCAGCUGCUACCCUCAGCGCCAGCCUCCUUAUUAUUCUUGCCACUGCUCUCCACCAUUCUGGGGCAGCCACUGUGAACUCUACACGGCCCCCACCAGCACUCCUCCUGCCACCUGCCUGAGUCAGUACUGCACUGACAAAGCUCGGGAUGGCGUCUGCGAUGAGGCCUGCAACAGCCAUGCCUGCCAGUGGGAUGGAGGUGACUGUUCCCUCACCAUGGAGAACCCCUGGGCCAACUGCUCCUCCCCACUUCCCUGCUGGGAUUACAUCAACAACCAGUGUGAUGAGCUGUGCAACACAGCUGAGUGCCUGUUUGACAACUUUGAAUGCCAAGGGAACAGCAAGACAUGCAAGUAUGAUAAGUACUGUGCAGAUCACUUCAAAGACAACCACUGUGACCAGGGAUGCAAUAGUGAGGAGUGUGGCUGGGAUGGGCUGGACUGUGCUGCUGAUCGGCCCGAGAACCUGGCGGAGGGUACCCUGGUCAUUGUGGUGUUGAUGCCCCCUGAACAACUGCUCCAGGAUGCCCGCAGCUUCUUGCGGGCACUGGGCACCCUUCUCCACACCAAUCUGCGCAUUAAACGGGACUCACAGGGGGCCCUCAUGGUAUACCCCUAUUAUGGUGAGAAGUCAGCUGCCAUGAAGAAGCAGAAGAUAACACGCAGGUCUCUCCCUGAUGAGCAGGAACAAGAGGUGGCUGGCUCUCAGGUGUUUCUGGAAAUUGACAACCGCCAGUGUGUUCAAGACUCAGACCAGUGCUUCAAGAACACGGAUGCAGCAGCAGCUCUGCUGGCUUCUCAUGCCAUUCAGGGGACCCUAUCGUACCCUCUUGUGUCUGUUGUCAGUGAAUCCCAGCUUCCAAGACGCACUCAGCUACUUUAUCUAAUUGCUGUUGCUGUUGUCAUUAUCUUGUUCAUUAUGCUACUGGGGGUAAUCAUGGCAAAACGAAAACGUAAGCAUGGCUCCCUCUGGCUGCCUGAAGGUUUCACCCUGCGGCGAGACUCCAGCAAUCACAAGCGUCGUGAGCCAGUGGGACAGGAUGCCGUGGGGUUGAAAAAUCUCUCAGUGCAAGUGUCAGAGGCUAAUCUAAUUGGUUCAGGAACAAGUGAACAUUGGAUGGAUGAUGAAGGACCCCAGCCAAAGAAAGCCAAGGCUGAAGAUGAGGCUUUGCUCUCAGAAGAUGAUGACCCCAUUGAUCGACGGCCAUGGACACAGCAGCACCUUGAAGCUGCAGACAUUCGUCGCACACCGUCACUGGCUCUCACUCCUCCUCAGGCUGAGCAGGAGGUAGAUGUGUUGGAUGUGAAUGUCCGGGGCCCAGAUGGGUGCACCCCACUGAUGUUGGCUUCUCUCCGAGGAGGCAGCUCAGAUUUGAGUGAUGAAGAUGAAGAUGCAGAGGACUCUUCUGCCAACAUCAUCACAGACUUGGUCUGCCAGGGUGCCAGCCUUCAGGCCCAGACAGACCGGACUGGUGAGAUGGCCCUGCAUCUUGCAGCCCGCUACUCAAGGGCUGAUGCUGCCAAGCGCCUCCUGGAUGCAGGUGCAGAUGCCAAUGCCCAGGACAACAUGGGCCGCUGUCCUCUCCAUGCUGCAGUGGCAGCUGAUGCCCAAGGUGUCUUCCAGAUUCUGAUUCGCAACCGAGUAACUGAUCUGGAUGCCAGAAUGAACGAUGGUACUACACCCCUGAUCCUGGCUGCCCGCCUGGCUGUAGAGGGAAUGGUGGCAGAGUUGAUCAACUGCCAAGCAGAUGUGAAUGCAGUGGAUGACCAUGGAAAAUCUGCCCUUCACUGGGCAGCUGCUGUCAAUAAUGUGGAGGCGACUCUUUUGCUGUUGAAAAAUGGAGCCAACCGAGAUAUGCAGGACAACAAGGAAGAGACACCUCUGUUUCUUGCUGCUCGAGAGGGGAGCUAUGAAGCAGCCAAGAUCCUGUUAGACCAUUUUGCCAAUCGCGACAUCACAGAUCACAUGGAUCGUCUUCCCCGGGAUGUGGCUCGGGAUCGCAUGCACCAUGACAUUGUGCGCCUCCUGGAUGAGUACAAUGUGACACCGAGUCCCCCAGGCACCGUGCUGACUUCUGCUCUCUCACCUGUCAUUUGUGGGCCCAACAGGUCUUUCCUCAGCCUGAAGCACACACCGAUGGGCAAGAAGCCUAGACGGCCCAAUGCCAAGAGUACCAUGCCCACUAGCCUCCCUAACCUUGCCAAGGAGGCCAAGGAAGCCAAGGGGAGUAGGAGGAAGAAGUCUUUGAGUGAGAAGGUCCAACUGUCUGAAAGCUCAGUGACUUUAUCCCCUGUUGAUUCUUUAGAGUCGCCUCACACAUAUGUUUCUGACACCACAUCCUCUCCAAUGAUCACAUCCCCUGGAAUCCUACAGGCCUCACCCAACCCUAUGCUGGCUACUGCCGCCCCUGCUGCUCCAGUCCAUGCUCAGCAUGCACUGUCUUUCUCUAACCUGCAUGACAUGCAGCCUUUGGCUCCUGGGGCUAGCACUGUGCUUCCCUCUGUGAGCCAGUUGCUCUCCCACCACCACAUUGUCCCCCCUGGGAGUGGCAGUGCGGGAAGCUUGGGUAGACUACAUCCAGUCUCUGUCCCAUCAGAUUGGAUGAACCGUGUGGAAAUGAAUGAGACCCAGUACAAUGAGAUGUUUGGCAUGGUCCUGGCUCCUGCUGAAGGCACCCACCCUGGUGUACCUCCCCAGGGAAGGCCACCUGAAGGGAAGCAUAUCACCACUCCACGGGAGCCCUUGCCCCCCAUUGUGACUUUCCAGCUCAUUCCCAAAGGCAGCAUUGCCCAACCAGCUGGGGCUCCCCCGCCUCAGUCCAGCUGCCCUCCAGCUGUUGCAGGUUCCCUACCCACUAUGUACCAGAUUCCAGAAAUGGCCCGUUUGCCCAGUGUGGCCUUCCCCACUGCCAUGAUGCCCCAGCAGGAUGGGCAGGUAGCUCAGACCAUUCUCCCAGCUUAUCAUCCUUUCCCAGCCUCUGUGGGUAAGUAUCCCACACCCCCUUCACAGCAUAGUUAUGCUUCCUCAAAUGCUGCCGAGCGAACACCCAGUCAUGGUGGUCACCUCCAGGGUGAACAUCCCUACCUGACACCAUCCCCAGAGUCUCCUGACCAGUGGUCAAGCUCAUCACCCCACUCUGCUUCUGACUGGUCAGAUGUGACCACCAGCCCUACUCCUGGGAGUGCUGGAGGAGUUCAGCGGGGACCAGGGACACACAUGUCUGAGCCACCGCACAGCAAUAUGCAGGUUUACGCAUGAGUCUGCCUCCAUUGCAGAGACAGAACUGCCUAUUGUGAAUGCUGCUGAGGAACAUAUGAAGGUCAUCCGGAAGAGAAGUGAAGAAAUCUCUGUAACCAGCUUUUGGAGGCAGGAGAGAGAAGACCAUCUUUUCAAAGAAGCAAUUUAUGGGCUUCACUGAAUAUCUGCAAAGUUUCAGGGGAAGAACUUGGUUCCUUUUAAUCUCUUGCCCACCAAGUCAAGUUCAUGGAAAUGCAAGAUGAAUGCAGCCCUUGGGGCCAUGUUUACUCUCUUCUAUUUGGAGAAUAGGAUGGAUGCCUUUUGUAGCCAGGACGUUCUUGCAGUUUGGACUGCAUUUUAAGCCCUGAGGGCUUCUGCUACAUCCAUGAGAAGAUUCUACACUAGAGUCCAGUUGGGAAUUGUGCCCUGGAAUUCUGACUAAGUUGACCUAUCUCAUCUUCUCAGCUUGGAAAUUCUUUUGCUUCAUUUGGUGCUUUCCUUUUUUGCACCUUUCCAUGGUUGUAGCCUACCAGCAUAUUAGAGGGCAAGACUUUGUGCUUUGAAUCAUUCCUGCCCUGGAAAGCAACUUCAUCCUCCCUUUCCCCUCCCACUUCCUCAGCACCCCUCGGAGUCUCACAGGGUUUACUUUGGUUAUGGUUCUCAACAUAAACCUUUCAAGUAUGUUUCUGUAAAAAAAAAAAAAUGAACAUGUUGCAUUCUACGUAUAUCAUUCCUCAAGAGAGAAGGGGAACAAAAUAUUUUUCUUUGAAUAGAUUUUGGGGGCAGGAGAUCCCUUCAGGAGGCUGCACCUUAAUUCUCUUUCUUGCAUGCAGAGCUGCAUAGAAAGCUCACCAGGAUGAAGGAUACGGAGUUAAUUGUUUUCUACUUGUGGACCUAGUCAGUGUCAAGUUUUAUCCUCGGAAGCCUAGGUACUAUAACCAUACUCCCCUUUUUUGAAACCAGAAAAAGAGCCAGAAUGUGGGAAUGACCAAGACAUAAGCUAACUCAUGGAAGAAGCAGUGACCUGGAAGAAGCAGUUACCGCCCCUCCACUUGGGAUACCAAGCAUCCCAUCAACUGCCAGCAUGAAUCACAUUUGUUUGUCCUGGAUCUUAGGAUGAUAGGUCUACUUCCCUCCCUCAUCCAGCAGGUGAAGUCAGUCUUUGCUGUUGAGCCUUUCCUUCCAUACAUCCCCACAGAAGAAAAUGUCUCAAACAAUUUGUCCUUGCCAUUUAGGACUGAACUUUCCUCAGCUCAAGGGACCCAGUGACAGUCAUCUUCCUUUGAUCACAGUCUGUUUCCUGAUUUUCUUUGAGAGCAGGAGCCUGUUUACCAGUUCCCCUCACACUGUGCAAUCUGAGUUCCUAGUGCACCCAGUAGGUUCUCACUGGACUGUGUCCACUGCACUGUGUUCCAGCAGGGCAUGGAGAGUUGGACUAGUUUCCUAGGGGACAGCUGUAAGGCUGCCUUUGCCAGCUUUUGCUGUCAUUUCUUUUGCUCUGAAGCAGUCAUGACAUUGCCCUUUGGAAGACUAAUAUAGAAACUUCCCAGGGACCUUUCCUUUGCUAGAGUCACUUUGUAAAUGAUGACAGAUUUCAUGCUUUUCAUUGUCACCCUCAUGUUCUGAUUAUGAUUGCACCUCACCUGAAUCUGUUCUCUGAAUUAUGGUCUUGAUGACUUGACUCUCCAUCAAGAUGAGAAACAAUUUAGUCAGCUAUAGAAACAGAAUGGUUUUCUUCCUCUUCUCCUUGGGUCAAUUAAUAACUGGCCCAACGGCCACAUUGCCACUUCAGUACUAUGAUGCCUGUGACACCUGGAAAAUUAGUUCUUCUGGGGCAUUUUGUAUAUAUUAGUAGGGAUUUCCUGUUCUGUUUUGGUUUAACAACAGUCCUCAUUCAUGCAGUGCCUGGGGGUGUUCACCAGUGCUUCCCACUGACCUCAUUUAUCUGUCUGUGGCUCCCCAUGGAAGUCCUUUGUGUCCAUUGGCAUAGCAGUCUACAAAUAGUGUUUUUCCGUCCCUCCAAGUUCAUUGAAUCAACAAAAGUAAUUAGUUCUGACCUGGUACAUGAAGAUUGUUUGUUUUUUUAUUCUUUCAUAUGACAGCAUUCUGUCAGUCACUUUAGUGGUGUGUAAACAUUUUAUCAUUCCAAAUGGUGACUCUUUCCUUGGGCCAGUUUAUUAAUCCAGCACCUAUCUGAUGCAUGGACCAUUCUGGACCACUCCACAUCUACCCCUCACUGCCCUCCUGCUCCAUAUCCCUACUGCUUGAAAGUAUCAGCCUCUGAUCCAAUUACUGGAUCUUUUAAAUCCUUCUCCUUCUCCAAGCACAAUGUAAGACUGACUUCCAUGUUUUUCCUCUUUGGGAUACUUUUCCUCUUUGGGUUUGUGGGGAAGGAAUGUGAAAGCUGCCAUUAUAGACAAGAGGCUUCAGGGGUAAGGACAGCACUGCCUUUCAAAUGUUUUACCAAUCUCACAUCUUAAGAACCAUUGAGUUAUAUAGUUUCUACUAAAAGGGAAGGUAAGAUGGAUAAUCACUUCUCAUUUGGAUUCUCAAUUGGAGACAAGAUUUAUGGAACUCUUUUAUGCCAUGCAUAGAUUCCCCCCUGUCCCCCCACCCCCGCUUUUGGUUUAUUUUUAUUUUUAUAAAUUCAUUCUUUCUUUGACUCCUUGUCUGCCUGCCUUUGAGGAUAGGUUUGUUGUUGUUGUUUUCUUACUUGUGUUUUGUUUUAAAUAUCUUUUUCUGACUUACAUGAUGGUGGGAGAGGGAAAGGCUUGAGGGAAAGUGAGAUCAGAAGUUAAGGACUUUGGUGUAAGCAAUCAGUUGUGAUGUUCAGUCCAUUAUAUCAUUGUUAAAUUUGCCAGUUUGUAAUUCUUGCAUAGAAAAGAACCAGAGGUGUAGUGUCGUGUUGGCACAUGGUUUGGGGAUGUGGGUCUUAACUGAUACAUUGAGUGAUGACUCUUUGGGAGGAGACAUUUAUAUGUCCCAAGGCCCCCACCAAUAACUGUUUGGUUUCAACUUCUUUGUGUAAAUUUCUCUUAAAAGUGAUAUUUUAUCUGUGUGUAUGAGAAACCCAAUAACCAAUAAAAUGACCGCAUAUUCCUGACUAUACAUGGUAAGGAAAGUGCACGCUUUGUUUUUACUUUUCAAAGUUUCAUUCUAAAAGUAGUUAAGGUGAAAUUUAUAUGAAAGCAUUUUUAUCACAAAAUAAAAAGGUUACAUGUCAAGCUCAGUAGUAUUGCAUUUUUUUUUUAAUUUUCCAGUCCUGUAUCCCUGUCCUUGUGAUUAUAUCAUGAUGUCAUA